AUGGGUGUGAAUUCCCGCCGUCCUCUACUUCCUGCUCCUACCGAAUCAAUCCUCGAUACUAGCAGCAGUAUGACGGGCACCGACCUGGCCACCGACGUCUCUCGACGCACCGACAAAUCUUCCUAUUCUAUUCCGGACGACGGAAGCCCCAUCACAAUUUCUACAAGACGUCGGUCUCACAAAAAGGAUGAAGAUGAGUCUUCUAAGCUGUCGCGCACAAACCACCAGUCGCAGACUUCUCUUCUCAUCGAGUAUUUUGGAGGCGGGAAAAAUUCCUCUCGCCUUAGCUCACGACCAAGCGUUCGAGUAAAGGUGAUCCCGUCUGGCAGCAGAAGGUCUCGAGAUCAGAAUGAUACAAUUCAGAUCCGGGACAGUGGCAGCAAGCGAAGUUAUACUCGACGCAUAUCUCUUAGCACGCCGUCAAAACAAAGAGCACCUGCUGAGACUAACGACGACCAGAGCAUCACUGACGACGACCAAGACGGACGGCCACUGGAAAUAGAGUUUGUCGAGCGCGAUCAAGGCAGCGAGCUGUCCAACGAGCGAUAUAUCCAGCCAACCUCAGAGAUUUCUUCCAUGCCAGCCGAUAGCAUGCUAGACGGAUCAAUGGUGUCCGGUGUGCCGCGACGCAAACGCAGCCUAAGCUUAGACAAGGCUUCAGGUGCGGCCGAGGUGGACCUUCUCAAAGCUCCAUCGCGACGCAGGAGUCGCAGUCUCAGUCGGGAGCGAAUUGCGUAUAAAGUUGCUCAAAAGUUGAAUGCCGGCGACGUUUCUAGCGGUGGUCGCAAGCAUUCUGGCAAAGAGAUUGAAGCUGAUGCAGGCGAUUUGAAGAAGCGCUCUCACAAAUACCGCGGAGAGGAACAACCCAGUGUUGAGUCGAGCCUCUUGAGUGGUUCGAAUGUUUCAUCUCACCACAAGUCAGGAGACGCCGUUUCCUUCCGCUCUGGCACAUCCAGAUCAUCACUGAACAACACCAAGUUCUUAGAGACCGUUGAAGAUGCGAUUCGACGACUGAUUCUUCCCGAGCUCAAGGAACUGAAGAAAGACCAGACGGCUGGCACGAAUAAAUCCAAGUUCGAGCGUGAUAUAGGCGCGAGUGCUUCUACUUCGAAAGACGACAUCAAACGACGUUUGUCCAAGCAUUCAAGUGCCCCUGACGUCAGUCGAAGUACCAUCGCAGUUGAUGCGAGUAAUGAAGAAACGGUCACCCCAGAAGAGCGGAGGAGACGCCACAAGGAACGCCGACGAGAUAAAGAAACCCCCGCUUCACCUGAGAGCACUAUUCGGAUCCGUAAAGGCUCACGGCCAGAAAACCAGCGGGCAUACUCAGAACAUGAUAUGAUUCGGCGCCAGAGAAGCAAGGGCCUCAGAGAAGCUGCUGCUGCAGGAAUUGUCGGCAGCGUCCUGACAUCCGCCGCCCUCAAACAUCAUGAUUCUAAAUCUAGCCUCGGCAAGAAGUCGAGGAGGCGAAGGUCUUCCAAGGGAAGCAGCAGAAGCGCAAGCCUCCAUGAUUCUGAGACAGAGUUGAUUUUCAACAAACACAAUGUUCCACCAAUGCCGUUCCGCAGUGAUAUUGAUACCGAAUUGACUCGUGAUUCGAUCCUCUCCCAGAGAACUGCUGAUACGGAAACGCCAACGCCACGCCACGUACAGGAACUGAUUCGAGGCUCUUCACGCGACAAGGGUUCUCCGUCGUUAGCUACUCCACCUCGCACUCCACUAGGCAACCAGCGCCGGUUGUCCUCUCCAUACAGUGAUCGUGAGAUACAGAACAGAACGGAAUCUCCUUUUGGCCAUGUUGUACUUGAAGGUGCUGCUGGAGCCAUCGCCGCGGCGGCAGCAGAAAAUCUACUUGGUCAUCACCCAGACCACGAUAUGUUAGGCCCAGAUGAUGAUAUGCACCGGACUCGUUCCCUCAGCCCAAUUCAAAGUGUUGCUAGUGACCAAGAUCUGCAUGAUACGCAUCUCACAGAACAUGAUAAAGAGAAUGAGCUGGAGGACCGUAGAUAUUCCAUCGAAUCCUUAUCAUCUGCGCCUAGUACUGAGUUAGCCAGGUCUACGCGCCCUGAGGGUGUUAGUCUGGAGAGCCAAAGUGAAAUCCUUCGGCAACAUGACGAACCUGGUAUGGAAUUAGGCUACGAAACAACAGUAGCACUGGAGGGUGAUCACGAGGGAAACUGGGAUCAAGAUCACCAUGUUGUCCAUUUUGGGGACUCAAGAGUUGAUGCUAGCUUUACUGACGAGGAAACACACUUGGAAAAUGCCGACUCCCCCAGAAGGCUCACAGUGGGAGUUGGUGCUAGCCCAGAGUUUCUCAUAGGUAAUCCUGUGGAAUCUGCGGUGGCUUCGCUUUUGGACCCUUCCGUACUAGACAACAAGUCUGGCCUCUCUCAACCUCGUUCCCAGGCAGACUCUCUGAACCGUUCUGUAGAUGGAAGUUUCAUGGAAGGAAUAAAUAAUAGCCGACCAGCUAGCUCGCACAGAGGAAGCCCUCUGAAACACGAAUAUGACAUUAAUGCCCACGACGAGAAAUCUUUCACCAAGCGACUCGGCGCUGCCUCGCCUCCACAAAGCGUCACCCAAUCAGAAGAGGCAGUAGAACAUGACGAACAAUAUCCUCUUGACACUACUAUCGUGAAGGAUGAUAAUGAAUUUGAACAUGUGCCUGAAGACGAUCGAUACCAGGAAGAUGAGGAGGAAAUCAUGACCAACCCGUCUUUCAUUCAAGGUCCGAUCGGGGGUGUGUCUCAUGAAAACCGUGACCAUUGGCCGUAUGAUCCUACUCCCGAAAACAGAGAAGUUCAGCUGUCUCCUGGACAUGAUGGUCGUGCUGCUGCUCCUCUUACGGGAGCGUUAGGAGUUGGGCUGGGCCUGGCGGCGGCACAGCAUUCAAAAAGCUAUGAUCAACCAUAUGGUCAGCCUUAUAUGGAUGGUCAUAUUUUCUCAACUCCUCCUGGCGCGAAAGACGAAGGUUAUAUCUCCGCCGCCAACCCAAUGUCUCCCAGUGUUGCAACACCGGAGCCUCACACUAAGUUUAGCACUCUCGAUCAUACCAAACCGCCACUUCUUUUCGACAACGAUGACUUAAACGAAGACCCUUUUAUCGGUUCUAGUCACCAACGCCAUUUCAGCGGGUAUUCGCACGGCAUAGCAUCUCCUAUCUACGACAGUGCCACAGGCCGAGGUAUUGACAGCAUUGAAUCAAAGGAUAUUAUUGCUUUGAUGAAUCAUCUCACUGUCCGAGACGCACAACGCAAUGCCCGAGACACUGAAAUCUUAGUAACCCUUGUCAGAAGCGCAGCUGAAAUGCGUAACUCCUUCGAAGGAAUGAAGAAAUACAUCGCUCAGCAGGAUGAGUUGCUCAUUCAAGCCAACGAAAAACAACACGAACGUACUCGAGCUAUUGGCGGCCCCCGCCCAUUACCUACAUCUAGAUCUGACCGCCAGCUCGCCACAGCUGAUUAUGGUGCCGAUAUCCAAGCGAAACGCAAGAAUGUUUUCAGAAGGGCCCUCAAGAGUCUCAGCAUGAAAUCUUCUAACGACUUGACAAAAAUCGAGGACAUGUUGGAGCAACUUCUCGACGAAGUAGAAGCCCUAAGAGCAGCUCAAGAAGGACGAAGUGUUGGUCAUGCGCCCGGUACUGGGCCCGCCAGUAUCAACUCCAAUGGUCAGGGAGCUUUCAAUCCAGAUGGAUAUGAGCCGGAGGGCCAAGCAGGCACUGGUUCCCCAGGAGAUCAAUCCGAGUUCACGUCAAAUUCGUCACGCCCGUUAGCGGAUACGCGACCUAUGAGCACUCGCCGAGCGUCGGAAAAUCGCAUCAGCACUGUUCCUGAAGGUGAUGAGGAAAUCGAGUCUUAUGAACAACCACUUUUGGAUAGAGAAGUGCCUUACGAUGAUCGAGUCCCAGCUCAUCACGAGCGUGGCCUCUCUGAACCUCUGGGUACACCGCCACGUAAACCCGUUCCCACUGGUGCCUUGAGUCAGGAGACUACUCCGCGAAAGUCAGAUGAGAAGACACGCAAGCACAAAUCUAGUAGCUCUUCCUUUUUCAAAAUCUCAAGAUGGUCCAAGACCACCGCUUCAUCGGUGGGCGAAGGUAUCCGCAACAGCAUCCAACCAACUCGAAAAGAACGCCCGUUGUCUGGAGUAUCACGAUCUGGAUCAGACCUUGCAAAUCAUGAUGCGUACAACGCUGACUUCUAUGAUGCUCAGGGCGAUGACCGGCUUCGCUCCGAUACCCCUCUUGAAGAUCAACAAGAGGAAAACCGUCCGCCAUCGCCACUAGUCCCAUCACAAAUAUCCGAAGGACCCGUGUACAAAGCUCAUCGAGACAGUUUCAAUCUCCAGCACCCUCAGCCACAAAAAGGCCCAACAGAUCGCUACCAGAACCAUCUCGAGUUUCAAGCCCAGGACUAUGCACCAAACUCCCCUACUUCUGAAAGAUGGGGAUCUCAGUCCAGUCUCUCCCGUAUUAGUGGCAACCCCAAUAGAUAUAGCGGUGGUGGUGCUCGCCGUACACCAAUUUCCGACUUGGGAUAUUCCGAGGUGAGCUCUAUGACUGGACCGCCGCGUCCUCCCAAAGUCAAGGACGCAGGACCAUUGGUGCCUCAGCGACCACCCAAGAUUAAGGAGGAAGACGAGAGAUCAACCCACACAGAUCGAUUUAGCUCUCGCAAUUCCAACGCUAGGUAUUCACCUAGCAGCCAGCCCCCUCAGCGAAAGCCUACUGGACCACGACCCAUCACCAGUGCCGGACAGCAGAGUCCCAGCAACAUCAAGCGCACUCGAUACCGUGGCAGCCCGAACCAAAUCGACUACGACGAUGACGACUAUUGA